CGUCACUGCCAGUCAGGGGGAGCUUUGAGGAUGCUCCGCUGAAGCUGGGAGGGAGUACAUUCACUGGGAGUUUGCACUGAGAGCUCAGCCAUUACCAGCUGUACUGAGGACAGGGACUCCUGCAGAAUCCUUCUCCACACCCAGCGCUCCUCGGCUCCUCCGCCGUCUCCGCUGCAGCCAUGAAUUAUUUGCGCCGCCGCCUCUCCGACAGCACCUUCAUCUCCAACCUGCCGAACGGCUACAUGACAGACCUCCAGAGGCCCGAACCCGCUCAGCCUCCCGCACCUGCCUCCACCGCCCCGGCCAAGUCUCCCACGGCCGCACCGGUGGCGGCCCCGGCCACGUCCCCGGCUCCGGAGAGGAAACCCCAGCUGUCCCAGUCGACGGGGGCCGGCUUCUUCAGCUCCAUCACCAAUGUUGUGAAGCAAACAGCUGCCUCAGCAGGGCUGGUGGAGCAGACCCAAGUCACGACAUCCAAGAAGUUUAAGAUUCUCCUGGUCAUCGACGAACCUCAGCAGGAGUGGGCAAAAUUGUUCCGGGGGAAGAAAAUCCACGGGGAUUAUGACAUCAAAGUGGAGCAGGCUCAAUUCAAUGAAAUCAACGUGGUGGCUCAUGCCAACGGGACCUGCAACGUCAACAUGGAAGUCCUCAGAAAUGGAACCAAAGUCAUUAGGUCGUUCAAGCCAGACUUUGUCCUCAUCCGUCAGCAUGCCUUCAGCAUGACCCAGAACGAGGACUUCCGCAACCUGAUCAUCGGUCUUCAGUAUGGCGGCGUGCCGAGCAUCAACUCCCUGGAGUCCAUCUACAACCUCUGCGACAAGCCGUGGGCGUUCGCCCAACUUAUCAACACCUACAGGAAACUGGGGGCGGAUAAAUUCCCACUGAUCGAGCAGACCUUUUACCCCAACUACAAGGAGAUGGUCAGCAUGCCAUCAUUCCCUGUGGUUGUGAAGAUUGGACACGCUCACUCUGGUGUUGGAAAGGUAAAGGUGGAUAACCACACCAAGUUCCAGGACAUAGCCAGUGUGGUGGCUCUCACUCAGACCUACACGACCACAGAACCUCUCAUAGACUCCAAAUACGACAUCAGAAUCCAGAAGAUCGGCACCGACUACAAAGCCUACAUGAGAACGUCUAUAUCUGGAAACUGGAAGAGCAACACAGGCUCAGCGAUGCUGGAACAGGUGGCCAUGACUGACAGGUACAAACUGUGGGUCGACACCUGCUCAGAGAUUUAUGGGGGUCUUGAAAUCUGUGCAGUCAAAGCUAUACAUGGAAAAGACGGCAAAGACUAUAUCACAGAGUUUGUGGGGUCCGCCAUGCCUCUGGUAGGGGAACACCAGGCAGAAGACCGGCAGCUCAUCGCUGACAUGGUGCUGGCAAAAAUGAACGAGUUAGCGGAGAAGGAAGCCAAUGCUCCUCAAAGACCCACCACCAUCCAGCCUUCCCAGGGAACUGGCCAGAAGGGAGAAGUUACUGGUGACGCCACUAAGAAUGGUGCCGGACGCCCGCCUCAAGGUUGUCUGCAGUACAUUCUCGACUGUAAUGGCGUUGCAGUGGGUCCAAAACCAGUCCAGGCCAACUGAGUAACCCGAGCGGAAGGCUAGUUUCAAAGUCUAGAUAGCAACGACGUACCUUAGCUGAAACCAAGCGCGGACUCGUGUGGAGGCUAACGGCAAGAAUCAGAUCUCGGGAGGGAUGAGCUUCACGCAGCGGAGAGCUGGCCUGGACUGUGUUUUUAACUCUAUGCAGUGUCAAAAAUGUACUGUCUACUCGUUGACCUGUUGAUUUGUGUGCUUGUAUAGGUCACCUAUGUUUUGAUAGCUGUGGUUUUUCCGUUGGGGCUGUUGUUGAUGAUGUAAAGCAGAUUGUGCCUACACUGAGUUCAGUGCUGCUCUGUGCUACCUGUUUGGCCCAGCUACAAAUCUUUCGUUUGCCCCCCCCCCCACCCACCCUCCAGUUCCCUUUGUUAUUUUUUAUUUUUGGUGUUUAUCUUUAGAUAUUGUUCAAACUGUGGGCAUUCGUACAGUUUGAAGUUUGUGUAUAUCUCAAUAUGUAUAUGGUAAGUGGGUGUGUACGACUGUAGUGGUGAUUAUUUUGGUACAUAUGAUAAUAGAUAUUUAUUUUUGUUUUGCAUGACUGAUACAAAGGCAGGUGCAAGUCAGUUAUAUAUGUCUGAUCAAGUGGGAUGUUCACGUAACAUCGCUGUGUUUAUCUAAGCUGUGUUUCCCUGUGAUUCAUGCAUUGUGAAUGUGUCAGAAGAAAUGCAUAUUAUAGGUUCCACAGGAUACACAUACUGUUGAGACAUUCAGUAUUUUGCCUUUCUGAAACUUCCAUUUCUCCAUCUGCAUCAGUGUCAGAGAAUUACCAGAAUAAGAGAUUAUUUACAGUAGAGGAACAUAUAAUAGAUAUUAAAAAAAAAAAAUUAACCUGAGAUUUAUGAAAGAUUUUAUUAUAUAUGAUGCUGUGCAGGUGUCUAAACACACAACUUCAAUAUAUUUGUAUAAUUUCAAACCAAAGAAUAUAUUAUUUUCCUUCCAUUAGCCUUUGCACUCCUGUAACUCACAAUGUAAAUAACAGUGAGGGGAAUGCUAAUCCUGCAGCUUGCUACAUGCGGUGUGUAAUUUAAACAGAGCCCAGUGCUCAGAGGCGAUGGUUACACCCUCAAACUGCCAGUUCGGAAUAACACAGCCGUGAACCGACGCCGUCUCUCGAUUGUUGUUGUCCUUUUUGCAUCGAGCCGCGUGGUUCCCGAUAAUGAAAAGGUGUGUAAUGUAUGAUCUGCCACGAAAUGCCAGUUAUAAAGGCCCCCCCGCCCACCCCACUUCCGUCGCUCCCGCACUGGGUACCAGCUAUCGCGGAGGCGUUGCCAUGACAACAGUGCAAGUGCUCCGAGGGUUUAGUGAGGACAGCUGUAGUCGUACCGUGCCCCUGUUACAGAUCCCUGUGAGCUGAUGGAAAAGUGCAAUACAAAUUUUCUUUCCUUUAAAUCAAUAACGUGCUUGUGUUCAAAUCAGAGCUUCCAUGGAAUUGAUUCAAGAAGCGAUAGUCAUCCCCACACAAAGUUGUGUUAUUUUCUUUUGCACAGAGUUCUUGAUCACUUGUUGUUGUCCCGUGGCUUUUUGUGGAGGCCAUGUCAUCCAAUAUGUAAAACCCCUAAAUGGUGAAACAGCUAAAACGCAACCAAAUUAACUGUAAAAAGAGAUCUAUACCGUUUUUCCCUGAUUUUUUUUCUCAUUGUAGUUAAGAAGAAGAAGAAAAAAAAAAAACAUGUUGAGCAAGCUAACUUGUAUAAAGUGCCAUUGUAUCUGUGAGCGUAUCCUUGUAAAAGCCAUGCCUGAGGCUUUAUGGAUGUGUUGUUCUGUUAAAUAGGAAAUAUGCCAUGACAAUGAAUUCCAAGGGAAGAAGAUGCGAGGGCACCGAGGUUGCCGAUAGCGGCGCCUUUCGGCCUCGGUUUGAUAACUGUGGUUAAACCUUGUUUUUUCAGCCUGUGUGUUGAGGUGAUGCUUCUGUCUUCAGACCUGGUGGGUUGUUAACUAUUAUGGACCGUGGUACUUUUAAAAACCAGUGUCGAGUCGUUUUGAAUCCAGAUCACAAUACGAUACAUUGUGGAUAAAAGAAAAAAAGAAGUCCUCUACGGAUCUUUCCCCUCUGUCACUGGCAAUAAAGCUUCCUUUGCAAUA